ACUUGACUCAACUUACCCCAUUCACGCUGGCUAGGUUUGAAGACAACCUUGAGGAAGAUCCAACCUCACUGAUGCUUCCUUCACGGUAGCGUCAUCAAAAAUCUCAUACGCCAUGGCGACAUCCUCCCAAGCGGCAUUCUCAACGCCCACUGGCAAACCUACUCUGACAUCAUCAAGAGGUCCCACAUCUUCCACUCUCAUAUCACCUCCUCCGCCAGUCAUACCAACUUCAUGGUUAGCACCUCAUGAGCAACGUUGGGCUUUUGUAUCUAUCUUCGGUCUCAUAGAGGUAACGAAAAUAUGGGACAUUAUAGCACCUUACUUGAUCACCAACCCUGAACCCACCUGGUCAUCAGCUUUACGAAUAGAAGGACCUCUCAGUGCUACUUUAUGGACUCUAUUCGAACUCUCAACUUUCUUCGGUAUCUCAUUACUUCGCAUACCCUUACUCUCCCCUUCAACAACUCAACUUGUCAAAAUUGCAGCUUUGUUGAUCUUAUGGAACCUCGCUUGCUGGUUGAUAGCUGAACCAGGGGCCUUUUUACUUCGACUCAACCUGUUUGGUCCUCCAGCAUUAGGAGUACAAUGGUAUCUCUCAUGGUGGCCCAUCGUCAGCCGGGCAGUAUUAGGAGAACCUUCCCAUUUAGGUGGUGUGCAUCAUAUCCGUUUACUUCCCCAUAGUACUGCCACUCUUAACCCUUUAUCAGUCACUUACUGUAUCCCUCCGAAUUCAAAUAUUCAACCUCUCUACAUUCCUAUCGUAUUCAACAACUCCGUUCCUACUGAAGUUUCCUAUUUCAUUCGCUCGUUGGAAAACGAACAUUCCACCAUUCAAACCGUAGCGGGAACCUCAUUGCAUAAAUCACAAGACCACAAACCCUCACUUCAGAUCACAGAUUUUGAUGAAGAUUCCGAUGAAACUGAUAAUCCCGCAUCUGCACUCAUUCUUCGUUCUCAACAACUAGACGUAUCGAAACUCCCUUCGAUCAAACCUGCAGACUCCCUUGCGUUCAUUCCUCACGAUUUAGAACCUUCUCAACAGAUUCUUUUCCUUUCCGUCAGUGAACCCAGUAUCGUAUCUCUUAAACAAGCUGUCGAUCGUCGGGGAGAUAGGUUCCACAUCACUCCUCAUCGCGAAGCUGUCAUCAUCGAAUGUCCGACUGGGGGUCAAUUUGUCGAUCAUCACGAUGGUAGAAUAAUUAAAAAAGGAGAAAAAUCACGACCGGCUGAGACUCGUUGUGUGAAUGAUCAAGAAGUCGUCCAUUUUCAAGCUCGCGGUGUCGGAGAGCUCAAAGUAAAUUGGAAGAAGAAGUCUAAAGAUGGAAUAGAAACCGGUGUCAUCGAAGGGAUAGAUAGUGAAGUUCAAGCGGUGGACGAAUUGGCCCUUGCUCGAAGAGAAAAAAUGUCCAGAACUCAUACUGUACCAUUAAGAGUAUCACAUGACAAGUCGGGUGUUCACACAAUAUCUCUGACCAGCGUAACCGACUCGAUGCGUAAUACCUACAUUCCCUCUGGACCUUCAACAGAAAAGGUCUUCAACGUCAUUCCUAGGCCUUCUGCCAGUUUCGCCUGUCCAGGUCCCAUCCAACUUCUGAUCAAUAUGACUGCCGCAUUCUUCGUACAACUUGACGGUACAGGUCCUUUGCCAUCACCCAUGGAUAUCACCUAUACUUUCCAACCCCUAGCAGGAGAAGAGAAAAGGACCACUAUGCACUUGAACAAGAGGAGCGAGGCAAUCACAGUCGUGGAACCCGGUACAUAUACUUUACUCGACAUCUCUGGUCAAUGUGCUGGGAGCGUUUUAGAACCUUCCACAUGUCGCGUAGAGCUUGUUCCACCUCCAGCACUGGCAAUCAAAGUGGAGAGUUUACACGAAGGGGCCAUGGAUAUAGGGGUUCUGGCCAACUUUGACUUUACGGGAACUGCUCCUUUCACCGUUUUCUGGACAGAACAGCGUAAAGGUUCUCGAGCGGUAUCCCAUUCGAAAAGAUUCGACUCUCAUCAUGGAGAUAUUGUCUUGCAACCGGAGCAGGAAGGAAUGUAUACCUAUACCUUUAAAGCACUUAGUGACAGACAUUAUCAACAUAUACCUCUGGACGAACCACCAAUUCAACAGACCGUGCACCCUCUGGCCAACGUUGGUAUCGUCGGACAACGUGAUGGGAUCCGGAAGAUCAAGGUUUUCUCUUGUUCUGGUGAUCAAGUUGACCUUGCGUUAGAAGCCAAAGGGACUGCACCUCUCAAACUGAGCUAUCUCAAAUCUUGGGAUGGAAAAUCAGAGAAUGCUACUAUAGAUAUCAAAUCUGGUCGUUCGGUUGUGCCUAUAACCAUCCCGUCAGAAUAUGGACCCGACAGUAAUGCCGUGGGAAAGAUGACGGUAGUUUUGACUACUAUUGAGGAUGGUGAUGGACGGAUUAGGAAAUUACCUGCACCUACUCUGGAAGUGGACAUCAAUCGUCAGAAGCCCACUGUGAGAUUUGUCAAAUCCGAGAAAGUUGUCAUCACGGAAGGUGAUAGCGUUAAAGCUGCAUUGAGGCUGGCUGGAGAAUCGCCAUGGGAAGUCACAUACUCCAUCAAUGGUCGUUCAGCCCGACCAAUCACGCUCCGAGAUGCUAACAAUCAUCUGGUCUUCACCGAAGCUGGUGUGUAUCGAUUGGAACAUGUCAAAGACGCACAUUGUUCUGGUCAUGUUGUGACUGAGGAAUCGACGUUUGAGAUUACAUACAAGCCACGUCCUGUCGUUGCAUUGGUCGACAAUCCUUCACUCAAGUACGAGUUUGGAGUUUAUAAGCAUAAAGGCUUCUGUGCGGGUGGUGAAGAUCACAUAUCCAUCAAAUUUACUGGUGAAGCGCCAUACGAACUUGCCUAUAGAUAUACAGUAGAAGGUCGAACCACUCGUCACACACUCAAAUCAGCUCAAGAAUCAGGUGUUCUACAUCUAGCGAUUGAACCAGGUCAUCAUCGCUACGAUUUCAUCUCUCUUGGCGAUUCGAAUUAUCCUACUUCACCUAUAUCCCACGCAGUGGAACAUGACGUUCAUUCACAACCUUCAGUCACAUUCAUCCGACCCAACUCAAUACCCAUAUGUCUCGAUACGUCUUUGAAAGGUGAUGCAAAGGUCAGAUUACAAGGAAAAGCUCCUUUCACCAUCAAUUUAACAGUGAGAAAACCCGCAUCGACUCAAUUAUUCACACAUACCGUAAUGGUGAAAACCAACGAGUGGACAUUGGACGUUCCGUAUGUUGUCAAGGAUAUAGGGAGACACGAAGUAUCAAUUAUCAGUGUGACUGAUGAUAGUGGUUGUGCUCAAAUAGUGAAUGAUGAUGAUCGACUGAGUACGGUGGUAGAGGUUGUGGAAAGUGCGAGGAUAGUUCCUGUUACUGCUUUAGAGGAUCUUUGUGAGGGAGAUAAUUUGGAUUUCCUAUUACAAGGAAAAGCUCCAUGGACGAUUGAAUACUCUUGGCUUGGUAAGAAACAUAAAGUGUCUUCUUCGGCUUCUAGGUUCUCUAGAUAUGCAGAAUCACCAGGUAUCUUUCAAGUUCAUUCCGUAGCUUUGAAAGAUAAUCAAUGUAAAAGAGAAAUCGUAGAUCUCAUCCGACGUAUCCAUCCUCUACCUUCUGUCAAGAUACAAGAAGGUCUUGAUCAUUUAAGAGAAGGUGACGAACCUGCUGUAUUUGGUGUCACAUUCGAAGGAACAUCUCCUUUCUCUUUUACAUAUACCAGAAGUGAAAUAAUCAAUGGGAAGAAAAAAGUUGUUGAGACUCAGACCAUCACGGACAUUCAUGACAAUAAUUAUAUCAUAUCUUCUUCCGCUCCGGGGGAUUACGAAGUGACUAGCGUAUCUGAUAAAUGGUGUAGGUAUCCUCCUCUUUCCACAAGACAGGAUGUAUGAAUGCGGAUGCAUUACACUUUUGUUGAUUUC